UCAACUGUCCAGCAAGACCUUUUAAUAAGUGUCUUGGCUGGAAAGUUGCUAUCUGACACCAAACAAAUAGAGUAUUUUUUUAAAACUAUAUAAACCUCCCUUCCCUUCACUUUCUUCUUUAUUAAACUUCUUCAUAUCAAUAUUUCAUCUGAUAUUUAUAUGCUCACAUAUAUCACCAAACAAUGAGCUUAUUUUUUCCCUAAAUUUUCCCUGAAAAAAUCCCAAAUUUAUUGCUCCACCAUGUGGAUUGUAAAUAUACUUUUCCUAUUGUUCUUGGUUCCUUGGCUUUUAUUUCUUGUUAGAUUUAUCUUAUACAAAACAGCUUUGAUUUUCGUGUUGCGAAAAUGGGUGAAUUGGAUUGACGACAGAGUUCAUGUUCAUCAGUACCUUAAAGUUGCCGAGCUGAACGAAAAUGGACAAGACAAUCAGUUUUACAAGAGAGUUUCUCUUUAUGUCAAUUCGUUGCCAUCAGUCGAAGAUUCGAAUUACACCAAUUUGUUCUCCGGUAAGAAAUCUAAUGAUAUUAUACUAUUAUUGGAUGAUAAUCAGGUCAUUCAAGAUGAAUUUCUUGGAGCCAGAGUUUCUUGGAUAAAUAAAGUUGAAAGAUUCGGAGGAGUUUGUAAUCGGAGUUUCUUGCUGAGGAUUAAGAAGAAGGAUAAACGGAGGACUCUUCGGCCGUAUCUUCAGCAUAUUCAUACAGUUUCCGAUGACAUUGAGCAACGAAGAAGAGAACUGAAAUUAUUCAUAAAUAAUGGGUCGUCGGAGAAUCCUGUAAAUGGACGGUGGAGAUCUGUUCCUUUUACGCAUCCAUCUACUUUCGAAACCAUAGCCAUGGAUGCCGAUCUCAAGAAUAAGGUGAAAUCCGAUCUUGAGAACUUUGUUAAAUCCCAAAAUUACUAUCAGAAAAUGGGCCGUGCUUGGAAGCGUAAUUAUCUCCUAUAUGGUCCAUCGGGUACUGGAAAAUCGAGCUUUAUUGGAGCUAUGGCGAACUUCUUGAACUACGAUGUUUACGAUGUUGAUUUAUCAAGAGUUGCUAAUGAUACAGAUCUUAAACUCCUCCUGUUACAAACAACAAGUAGAUCGUUAAUAGUCAUCGAAGAUCUUGACCGAUUGGUGAACAAGAAUUUAACAACGAUAACGUUGUCUGGGUUGCUUAAUUUCAUGGAUGGUAUUGUGAAUUCUUGUUCCGGUGAUGAGAAGAUAAUGGUUUUUACUAUGAAUAGUAAAGAGCAAGUUGAUCCAGCGAUGCUAAGACCAGGGAGAAUCGAUGUACACAUCCAUUUCCCUUUUUGUGAUUUCAAUUCUUUCAAGUCUCUAGCAAACAAUUAUCUAGGUUUAAAGGAGCACAAGCUGUUUCCACAAGUGGAGGAGAUUUUCCACAGCGGCGCCACGAUGAGUCCGGCGGCCAUCGGGGAGUUGAUGAUUGCUAAUCGGAGCUCACCAAGCAGGGCGUUGAAGUCCGUCAUCACGGCGUUACAGUCCAACGGAAAUGAGGGGAAGAGUGCCGGGAAGGGUAAACGGUUGAGUGACAGCGCAUCGUCGCCGUCGCUGUUACCGUUACCGCCGCUGGCGCCGUCGCAUGCGGAGGAGACAGGUGGCGCAAACUGGAAGGACUCUGUUCCGGGUGCGAAGGAGGUGAGGAAAUUGUACGGAUUGUUGAGGUUGAAAAGUUGUAAGAGUCCUAAUUCGUUCGAUCAUGACUCCGAUAUGAUCGAACGGUGACAAUUUUUUCUCUUUUUUCUUAUUUUUCAAAUUAUAAAGUCUCUUGUUUGGUAGGUGUCAUUUUAUUUUUCCAUAAAUAUGUGGUUCAGCUUGCAUUAGCUUUAAAAUUGUAAAUAAUAAGUACUGUAUUAGAUAAAUACAAAAAAGGUUAAAAGCUUUGCGGCUCUCUUGUUUGCCAA